AUGGCUGGUGAGCUCAAUGUGCGACCAUCGUCGGGUUCCAAACCCAAGACUAACCAUGUUCCCUCUCCAGAUCCGCAAUGGUCAGCGAUUUCCACAAAGCUGCUACUCGCAGAGCUCCAACGACGCAAAGAAGACGGCGAGAGACCAGCUUGCGGUAGCAAGGAAACUGGGUGGUAUGAUACUGCGGCGCACGUCUUUGCGUUGCUGUUGAUCUUGACGCUGAGCACACUAGCUUGCGGAUUCCCAUUAAUAUCACGGCGCGCGACAACCGGGAAACGACAGAAGACCAUCAUCUUCUACUGCCAACAUGUCGGGACCGGAGUGCUGCUCGCUACGGCAUUUGUGCAUCUGCUCCCGAUGGCAUUCGAAUCUCUAACCGAUCCGUGCUUGCCCUAUUUCUUCAGCCAAGGCUAUACGCCACUUCCUGGCUUCGUGGCCAUGGUGUCUGCUAUCAUGGUUGUCGGCGUCGAAUCCUACUUGACCGCUCGCGGUGCCGGCCAUUCGCAUUCACACGCGCACAACUAUUUUGAUAGCGACGAAAGCGACGGCGGAGGCGAGUUUCAAGAUGUACCGCUUCAUGAUCACCCGGGCAUGUCUGCGGGCCGGACGAGAAAUCACAGACCGCGGGAUAUCUCCUUGGGUGACGACACGGAGGCUGCGCAGGGCCUUGUGGCCGGGGUGUCGCCAGUGCCCGAAUCCACGCCUACCGCAACCAUACACCGACGCGCAUCCGCAGAAAACGAGUUCAAUGAAGGCGAUUCCGACUUGGAACUCGACAUGGAUGAACUGGACCCUGCUCCCGUCAAUCACAAUCACAAUGGUGCAUAUGCCUCGUUAACAAAGCCUGGGACUCGGACGGACCCCUCGGAACCGACUCUACAUCCGUCGUCACCGGAAGAGACGAGACGACAACUUCUGCAGUGCCUUCUACUUGAAGCUGGUAUUCUAUUUCACAGCGUUUUUAUUGGAAUGGCGAUUUCUGUAGCCACGGGACCAGCAUUUGUCGUCUUCUUAAUCGCCAUCAGCUUCCACCAGUCUUUUGAGGGUCUUGCUCUAGGCAGCCGCAUUGCCGCGGUACCAUUUCCCAAGAAUUCAAUCCGGCCGUGGCUCAUGGUCUUAGCUUAUGGCUUCACAACUCCCAUUGGUCAGGCGAUUGGUCUGAUUGUCCACAAGAUGUAUGACCCUGCGUCCAUGGGCGGCCUUUUGGUGGUGGGAUUUAUGAAUGCUAUCUCGUCGGGGCUCCUGUUAUAUGCGGGCCUGGUACAGCUCCUGGCAGAAGAUUUCUUGACAGAGAAGAGCUAUCGCGUUCUGAAGGGCAAGAAGCGUCUUCAGGCGUAUCUAGCUGUGGUUGCCGGUUCUCUGCUGAUGGCCAUUGUGGGUGCAUUUGCAUAG